AUGUACCCGACACCAUUCAAGGAUGUUCACGUCUUUCGUGCGACGCCAAAGAAGAAGAAUGCAUCGUACUUGGAGAGCCGCAUCUUUGCGCGUGUGUUUUUGAGCCCACGUGAUUUGGGCGUCGAGGCCUGGACGGAGGCAAAUGAGGUUGACGCAGGGCACAUGCUUACCAAGUGUUUUGGUGCGCUGGAAUUUGCGCGCAACGACAACGCCUUCAGGUAUCCCAUUUACAAUCACGUCUUUAUCAAAAUGGCGGAGCUUACAUUUGACAUUGCGAAGAUGAAGAGACUAUUUGAGCGUGUCCUCAAGUCUUAUCGGCAGCGGUUGACUUACUUGGGUGUUGCUGAGGUGGAGCUCUCAUUCAACUUGAAGGUCAGCAGCGGCUGCAUCCCGUUCCGCGUUAUGAUAUCAUCCCCUUCGGGCUAUCAUGUUGUCAUGCGUACAUGCUACGAGUUGAUUGAAAACAGCGUGAUUUGCCUGCGCCGCGCAGAGAGCUCAGAGGACGUCGUCCUCACAACCCCAUCCAAGUUAAAUGAAAGCACCAACGACUUUUAUUCUGGCUCAAAGGAUAAGGGCAACGGUUCCAAUGGCACCAAUAACAAUCAUAACAGUAACCUUGCGCCUCGUACUCUCUUACGCACUCUGUCGAAGCUGGAGGCGCUGCGAAACCUGCUUCCUUCACGUGAUAAGAUGGAGACGCCGGGGUGUGAGACGAGUGAUGAAAUUGAGGAAUCUCUCCCGUUGGGGCCGUAUCCGAUGGUCUCUUCAAAACAACUGAGGCGCCUUCAGGCACGGUCCUUAAAAACCGUCUACGUGCACGACUGGCCGCUGCUGCUGGAAACAGUGCUGAGAAAUCAAUGGGAGAAACAUGCAUCCGGGCGAGGCCUCUCAUGGAAAUGUAUUCCAAAGGAGGUGAUCAGGGCGAAGGAACUUUUUCUUGACGCCUCCGACGGCAAGACCCUCUGCGAAAAGAAACCGCUGGGACACAUCCCAUGUGGAAUGAUUGUGUGGCUGGUGACUAUUGUUCCCCCAACGUACUACGACAGCGACACGGACACCGCCGGAAUUCGUCGUAUUGUGAUGGUUGCCAAUGACAUUGCGUUUCAGUCCGGCUCUUUUGCCGUUCCGGAGGAUGACGUUUUCUCUGCGGCCUCCGAGCUGGCCCGAAGAUUACGUGUGCCUUUUGUGUACAUCAGCGCCAACAGUGGGGCGCGACUUGGGUUGAGUGUGGAGGUAAAGAAGCGGUUUCGUGUUGCCCUGAGUGAGACGAAUGAGUUGAAAUAUUUGUAUCUCUUGCCUGAAGAUUACGAGGAGCUGAUGCGGCUUGGCGUGCGGUUAUCGGUGGAGCCAAGGCAGGAAAAAGACGGCAACGGUGAAACGCGUUACGUUAUCCGCGGCAUUGUUGGUGCACCGGAUGAGUAUUUGGGUGUGGAGAACCUGCGCGGCUCCGGUCUUGUGGCGGGGCAGAUGUCUAAAAAUUACAGCGAAGUGCCGACCAUCAGCGUUGUGACGGGACGCAGCGUUGGUAUCGGAGCAUACUUGAACCGCAUUGGCCGCCGUGUGAUUCAGACAGACGAUGCACCACUCAUCUUGACAGGCGCCGGGGCACUCAACCGUCUUCUUGGAAAAGAGGUCUACACCGACAACGGCCAGCUUGGUGGAAAGAGGAUAAUGGUGCCGAAUGGCGUGA